GGAGGGCGCUGUCCUCGCAGCAAAUAUCAGAAUUGUGUUGGAUUGCAAAGCUCCGUGUGGCUCACUGCAUCGGAGGCUUUGCUCGAAAAUGCCCAGGUGCUGCUAUCGGAUACAGCUGAGGGAAAGAGCUACCCGCGUCUCCUGGCUUUUCGGAGCCCUUUGGAGCAGCUUGAUCUUGGCUCCGGCUUGGGGGUACGUGAUCGUGAAUUCGGUAUCCUGGUCAGUCACCAAUGAGGUGGAAGAAGAGCUGGACAGCUCCUCGAACGAGGAGGUUCUGCCUGCACUCCUGGAAGAUACGACAAGCAUCUGGAAGCAAAGCUACCCGGCCUCUGUUUACAAAGAGGAAGAGGAAAUCAGGUCCAGGCCGGCAACCGGGAGAUCCAAGCAGAUCUCUUCUCCUUCCCGGAUGUUUUCUUACAGGAGAGAGAGUGUCAAAGGAACAGACAGCCUAGCGCCUCAAGAGCAAGCAAUCCGGACGGCCCGAUUCCUGAUCCAUUAUGAUAGCUGGGGCUUCUUGGCUACCAAAUCCACUCAGGAUAAGAUUCAAGAAGCGCCAUUUGGGAAUUGUCUGUCUAUCAGUGAUGGCCCCACAGACAAUAGCACUGGAAUUCCUUUCUUUUACAUGACUCCAAAGGAUAACACAGUAGCAGAUCUGAUGAAAAACUCCAUCGCUUCACUGACAUUGCCAGAGGUUGAAGGAGAUUUCUGCAGAAAAACAAUAGUUGAUCCUGAUGAUCCACGGUGUGCCAGGCUCAUUCUUACAGGAGAGAUGGUUACAGUGCCUCCAGAAGAAAUUGAAUUUGCCAAACAAGCAUUGUUUUCUAGGCACCCAGUCAUGAGGAAAUGGCCCCGCAGUUAUGAAUGGUUCUUUAUGAAAAUGAACAUUGAACAUAUCUUGCUUCAAAACUGGUAUGGAGCAAUUACCACUAUUGCAUCAGAGGAAUAUUUCAAAGCAGUUCCCAGUAAACCCUGAUUUAACUGAUUUACCACUAUUGCAUCAGAGGAAUAUUUCAAAGCAGUUCCCAGUAAACCCUGAUUUAACUUUGAAAUAUAGGAAGUGUUUUCAUAUUUACUUCUGAAACAAACUGUUUUAUAUGUUAUCAGGUUAACAGUUUUGCUGUCAUGCUUUUUUUUUUUUUUUGGCCAAGUAUUUAAAAUUAUUCCAUCUUAACUGGGGCAGAAUUUCAGUGCGAAUCUUUUAACUGAAAAUGAAUGCCAAAUCCUAAACUGCAAUAGAUAAUAUUGCCAAAUAAGUCUGGAGAUGGAUCUUGCUAUACUCUUCUCUUCUUUAAGAUAUUUGAGUGUUGUGGAUUUUUAUAAUAAUGUACCCUAUGGGAUAAUGACACUAUAUGCUAAUUAUAAUUUCUGAACAUGGGCAAGAAUUGCAGUUCAAGAUGAAUGGCUGGUAUGUAUAGUAUGGAUAUAUUACUGCAACUAGUUGUCGUUUCUUAAACACCAUCUAAACCUCCAAUGGGAUGUUUUAAGUAUGUAUGGCACCAGAGGGGCUCUUACCCCUGGAUUUCAGGGCCAGGUUCCCGGGCUUCCACAGCCCCUGGGGCCCCCCAAAUCCUCUUUAGUCUGUCCUGGGUGGUGUGGUUGCCUGGCCAAGCAUGAUGAUGCUUAAGUUGCAGGGGCGGGGGGCGGGGCUCCAAAGGCCUUUCGGUCCAGGCUCCAAAAUUACCUAGGUGCACCUCUGUAUGGCACUCUUAUUGUGUUAACAUUAUGGAUUCCAUCAUUAUUUUGCCCUUAAUUAUCUCACACUUAUGCUCUGGAAUGCUUUUAAUGUGGUUAGAAUCCAUGCUGUAUUGUCUUAAAAUACUUAUCUGAGAGAUUACAGAAGUCAAGUCUCCAAGUAACAUAUAGCUACUCGAGACAGUGAGAAUUAAAGCCAAGCUAAAAUCCUUUUAAGAUGGAUGACUUUUAUCUGUUCUGUUCCAAGUGUGAAUGGAUGAGCUAGAACCACACUUUUAGGAGGUUUGGGGAUUAUCAGUAUUACUUUGAAAUCAAUUAAUAUAGAGUAUUAAACCAUAUAGGAAAUUUUCCUAAAUAAUUUUUUUAACCAAAUCUUGGAAUAUUAUUUGAAACAGGAAUUGUAGGAAUUGUAGGUUAAAUGGGACAGGUCUGGAGGCAGAGAAAGAUAUAGUAUAUUUGAUUUGUUUUGUUUUCACAUGCGUCCUCUGAAAGUAUUAUUGUUAGGUUGACUGAAAUUUAUUAAACCUUGCAAUAACAUUAUAUAGCUGUGGAGAGAGCAGUGAAAGCUUUGCGAUUUGUACAAAAUCAAACCUAAAUGACAGAACCUCAAUGUUGUGGAAAUACCACUUUACCUAUGUACAGAUCUUAUUGUCUGAGAAUAUAUAGUAUUUCUACUUUUGGAAAUGAUCAAUUGUAGAAGUCACUAGAUCUGUUGUGGACAGAGUUGUGACUAGAUAUCUCUCACCUAGUACUGUACUAAAAAUCUGGGUCCCAUCUCUUCAGAUUCUGAGCAAAAACGACAAUAACAAUUCUAAAACCCUGCAUUGUGGUUUCUCCCAGCUCUUGUUGCUCCCCUGCUUCACUCCUCAGCUGGCCCUGGGCAAAUGAACUAUGGCCUUGUCUGCUCACUUCAGUGAACUAAGGAUUGCAGCCAGAAGAAAACAAAUCUUGAUGGCCUUUGUUGUUUUCAUACUCUUAUUCUAUUAAUUUAAUUGUAUCAUUUAGAUUGGGGAACAGGGCCAGUCCAGAUAAUCUAGAUCUGCAAUUGCUCUUAAAAUAUAGUAUUUCUUUGUUUAUUUACUCUUGAGUAAGUCCAACAGCAGGCCUUUGAACCUUGAUGUGCAUCCCCCCUCCCACAAUUACUUGGUAUUGAACACACACACGCACGUUUACAAUACCAUGUCACAAAAUAUGGAUCAUGGCACCACUUUAUUCUUAGUCAUGAAUAAGAAUAAAACAUUUUCAUGUAUAUGCAUUCACAUAUUGUACUAAUAAAGGUGGUGGACAAA